AGCAUUAUGGAUGAAAAAAACACACCGAUCCGAACCUACCAGGUGUGCAACGUGAUGGAAGCCAGUCAGAACAACUGGCUGCGAACUGACUGGAUCACCCGAGAAGGGGCGCAGAGGGUGUAUAUUGAGAUUAAGUUCACUCUGAGAGACUGCAACAGUCUUCCGGGCGUCAUGGGGACUUGCAAGGAGACGUUUAACCUGUACUACUACGAAUCGGACAACGACAAGGAGCGCUUCAUCCGAGAGAGCCAGUUUGGCAAGAUCGACACCAUCGCGGCUGAUGAGAGCUUCACGCAGGUGGACAUUGGUGACAGAAUCAUGAAACUCAACACUGAGAUCCGGGAUGUAGGGCCCCUGAGCAAGAAGGGCUUUUACCUAGCCUUUCAGGAUGUGGGUGCUUGCAUCGCCCUGGUGUCUGUCCGUGUGUUCUACAAGAAGUGUCCACUCACUGUUCGAAAUCUAGCCCAGUUUCCUGACACCAUCACGGGGGCCGAUACCUCUUCGCUGGUGGAAGUUCGAGGCUCUUGUGUCAACAACUCCGAAGAGAAGGAUGUGCCAAAAAUGUACUGUGGGGCAGAUGGCGAAUGGCUGGUACCCAUUGGCAACUGCCUAUGCAAUGCUGGGCAUGAGGAGCAGAAUGGUGAAUGCCAAGCUUGCAAAAUUGGAUAUUACAAAGCGCUCUCCACGGAUGCCACCUGCGCCAAGUGUCCACCGCACAGCUACUCCGUCUGGGAAGGAGCCACCUCGUGCACCUGUGACCGCGGCUUCUUCCGAGCUGACAACGAUGCGGCCUCCAUGCCCUGCACCCACCUUGCAGCGGCUGUGACCUUGAGCAAGGCAGGAAUGAUGGGCCCCUGGCAUUUCGCUCAUGUUUUGCACUAG